GGAGAGCCGCCUGCGCAUGUCAAGGCUGACGGUGCACACACGGUCGGGGCGCCUGGAGAAGGGCCGCUGGUCACCCGCCACCCAGGGUCCGGGCCCCUGCACGAUCUGCAGGCCCACAGAAGCUUCCGCCUCCUUCCUGGCCCCCCUCCGGCCCUCCCCGGGGAGGCUCGGCGGGUGUGGACCGGACUGAGGUGGAACGAGUUCUGUAGCUCAGACGGCAGCCCCGGUGGUUUCGGGUGAGAGGGCAGGCCCAGCUGGAGAAGCCGAUCAGGGCGGACGAAGCCGGCGCUCCCGGGUCUGGGUGGAUCCUGGUCGGAGCGUAACUCUUGGUAGGGAGCCCCGGAAGCCACCCGCUGAAAAAGAUGCCUGGCUUCAACAGAUUGUUUCCCCUGGCUUCCCUCCUGCUCAUUUUGUGGGCUGGCGUCUGCUUCCCUGUGUGUGUGGAAGUGCCCUCGGAGACGGAGGCCGUUCAGGGCAAUCCCAUGAAGCUGCGCUGCAUCUCCUGCAUGAAGAGGGAGGACGUGGAGGCCACCACGGUGGUGGAAUGGUUCUACAGGCCCGAGGGCGGUAAAGAUUUCCUUAUCUAUGAGUAUCGGAACGGCCACCAGGAGGUGGAGAGCCCCUUCCAGGGACGCCUGCAGUGGAACGGGAGCAAAGACUUGCAGGACGUGUCCAUCACUGUACUCAAUGUCACCCUGAACGACUCCGGCCUCUACACCUGCAACGUGUCCCGGGAGUUUGAGUUUGAGACACAUCGCCCCUUCGUGAAGACCACCCGGCUGAUCCCCCUCCGCGUCACCGAGGAGGCUGGAGAGGACUUCACCUCUGUGGUCUCAGAAAUCAUGAUGUACAUCCUCCUGGUCUUCCUCACUCUGUGGCUGCUCAUCGAGAUGAUAUAUUGCUACAGGAAGGUCUCAAAGGCCGAAGAGGCAGCCCAAGAAAAUGCGUCUGACUACCUGGCUAUCCCAUCGGAGAACAAAGAGAACUCUGCGGUACCAGUGGAGGAAUAGAAGGGGGCAACUGGAGGUGAUGUACAGGGAAGGGAGGGGCAGGUAGAUAAGGAGGCAGGUUGUACAAGUGACCUUGACACCCACAAACCAAAAUGACUUUAGAUUUGGUCCCUUAGAUUUCUACCCUACCCAGAGUCCCCACCCUCAGGGUACUUCUUUAAGUUGAUGCCCAAGUAGUCAUAAUGUUCUGUGCGAGGUUCAAGUCCUUCAGAAGGUGAAUUGCUUUGGCCUGAGUGUUGGGGCAGCUUGAACUCCUUACCCACAGUGACAAAAAAUAAUUCCCCAUUCUCCCUCCUAUGUAAGGAUCGUGGAUUAGGUCAGAGAGCCUUUGGCUUGGCUGGACUGGGCUGGCAAUUCUCAGUGAGCUGUUUUGUCGCUGGUAGGUGGCCUGAACACUGAAGCGCUGGCUAUCCCAUGUUCAGUGAUGUCAACAGCGUCAGGAGGGUGCCCCAGGGGCCACAUCACUUCCCUUCACGCGUCCAUCCUUCAGUUCAUUCAUCAUACAUCCACUCACCUCUGAACUGUCACCUCUGACUUGCUAACUCCAUCAGACCUCCACACACCACAAGACUUUGCCAGAACCGAGGAGCCAACAUUUCUACACGACUCAACCUCAGCCUGCCCUUGCUUUCAAGCAAGCAGCUCCCAUGCCAACUGGACCCCUCCCCUGUGCUCCACCCGACUUUGAACACGUGCUGGAGUCGGCAAAUCCAUGGGCCCCUUUCUUGCUGGAGCCGGCUCAUUCUCCAUUGCCGCAAGUGAAUGGAGGUCUUAACGGAAGGAAGCUGGAGUGAUUAGUUUGGGUUAAAGCAAAAGAGUGUCAUGAAGUGGGAUUCCUUGAAGUCAGUUUUUCUAAGUUCCUGGCCCACUGGCUGGAGCAUCAGAGCAAAGCAUGCCUUUCUAGGCCCUCCAGUGAUAGAAAGUUCACUAAGCAUGGACUAAAAGGUUCUCUGGACCAUGGUGCUCCAGGGCUAGAUCCCAAGAGGUCUCAAAGGCCUGGGUUAGUGUCAGUCCUUCAAGAAGCCAAGGGCAGGGGACUUGGGAAGUCAUACAACAUGUUCAUGAUGCUCCUGGGGCAACGUGUGUGUGCCUUGCCAGGUGAACACACCACCGGAGAUGGCUGGGUGCCAUUGUUUUCCUGUGGGCACUGGGACUGAAAUUCCCAAGUUCUUCCUCUCAAAAUUUCUGUGGGUCGGUAGUAUUACUCAUACAGGAGGCAACGGAGACUCAGACAGGACUCCACUGAUAAGAGACUUCAAAGGAUAAACUGGAGCAGAUAGAAGCCUAGGGCGCUGUCCAGUUUACACUUCCCGAGAUGGGAUAAUUUUGUUCUUGAAAAGACUUCGAGAUUGAGUUUGGCCAUGGCACAGAACUGAGUGGAUUGCCUGGCUGAGGUUAGCUCUGAUUUAGGUAAUUAGAAAUUGGCCAAAAAGGCAGAGAGAAGGAUGGGAGGUAGAUUUGAAGAAUUUCUUUAGUGAAAAGAUUUGUGAAUCUGAGACGUCUUCCAGAAGGGGAACGCAUCUGGGAAUGGCAUUUAACUAAGAAACAUGUUUUUAGUCUGAGAUAGAUGAUGGCAAAUGAGUGACGUGAUAGAGGAGGGACAGGCUAGAUGGCUUCCAAAUAUUUCACCUGUGAAUUCAUAAUGUCCAGUUUUUUGUUUGUUUUUGUUUUUCUCCCUAGAUGUUAGGAGAGCAGAUGAACACUGGAAACAUUUUAGUCAAUAUCUCAUGUUUCACUUUGAGUAACUGGUGUAAGUGUGGUGUCCUUCCGCACCUCGUGAUGAGAGGGGGAAGGAUGCUUUACGGGAUGUGAGAAGAUGAACGGGACUGGGAUUCGAUGAACAAGAUGUCCCUCAGAUCCAGGGGAAUCUAUGGGGAAAGAUCCCACUCUCUUGGCUUUGGGCCUCACCUGACAAACUCAGUUCAUCUCUGCCAUCCCUGGGAAAGCACUUGAAUUAGUCCUUGUUCACAUAUUCGAGAGUCUGAUUUUAUUGAAGAAAAUACUUUCAAGAAAUUCAAGGCUGUUCUCAUUGGUAAUUUCCCACACUAUCUCUCUGAAAUAGGGGACAGAAUAUAGAUUUUCCUUACUUUCCUGUGAGGAAAACAGGCCUGGAUUACUGUGAGGUUUUCCCAGUCACGUGGCUGGUGGAUGACAAGCCUGCCGCAGAAACUACUUUCUACCACUCCACUGCCCUCUUGCUUCAGUAGACCACGCAUCUAACUUGUGAUCUAGAAUGCACGUUUGCUUUUUUUUUCCUUUUUAAAAGCCCAACUCAGAUAUUUCCUGAGUGAUUUUUAAUGAAGCUGAAUGGUACCUCUCUUUUUUCCUUAUCCUUUACAAGUAAUCUUCUCUAGUCUUUUCCUCCUCCUAACUUCUCAACUCUUCUCAUCUUUAAUGCUUUCUUUAUUAAGCUAUAUGAUUUACCAAGCAUUUUAAUUAUCUUAUUUCUUCUCCACAACUAGCUCUGUGAGGUGGAUAUUGCUAAUAUGUUAACAAAGGAAGAAACACACUGCCUGAGGCUAAGAAGCUUUACCAAACCAUAAGCUCAUAUAGUUGGUAAAUGGAGAGCUGGAAUUCAGGUCUUCUGAGCCCUAGCCCAGCUCUCUUUCCACUGAGACCAUAGCUGCUUCCUUUCCUCUCACUUUUUUUUUUUUUUUUUUUUUUUACUUCCAUCUAAUCUUUGCCUCUCUUGCUUGUCCUGAGAUGUUAAACAUCUUCGCUCACUCCUAAUCCCACUCGAUUGCUCCUCUACCACUUUGCUUCUUGGUCCGUGCUGAAAAUGUGCUUUCAGAGUCUUAAUCUCAUGUUCGUUUCCCCUUUCUCGUUGGUUUGUACCUCAUUAUUUCUCCUGAAUUGCAAUUAAACUCCUUCCUGGGAGACUUGAUCAUGACUAUAAAUCCACAAGGUACUGUGGUCACCAGCCCACUUCAAAUCCUCACUCACUCCCCGUUCCUCCGCAUAUUCCUACCAAGGACCCAGAUAAACGUGCACUGCUCCGGAAGCUUUAUCUGGCAUGCUGUUCUUAUUAAAGGGCUUAGAAGUGUUCUCAAGGGCUAUCAUCACUCUAGGAACCCCACCUGUUGUCUUGGUGCUGGAUAUUUCCCCUGACUGAUGCUUAAUAAUACAAUUCACUCAAGGCCAGCUCGGCUGGGUCUGGUUUUCCCUUCCCUUGGGCUUAACAGCCAUGACCUUCAUUGCUCAAGUCUGCUGGCCCUGUGAGCACCUUGCCCUACUGACCUUUGCCAUCAGCUCAGCCCUGCAUCGCAGCCCCAACGCCUGUGUGGAAAUACCUUGACGGUCAGCACGUGUCCCGACACUAGCCUUUAUUUUCAGGCCAUCUAAAAGCACUGUCCUUUAUAGAGUCACCACCCCCAAACACCCACACACCCGGAUCUCUGAUUCUCUGAGUUUCCGGUUUCUCCUUAGAUGCCAAACUAGAAAUGUUAGUAGGAAAGGAAUUUUUCAAAGCAGGAAUAUGCUGGAAAUAUGUAUAGAGCUAUGAAUGGUUAAGAGAAGAGAUAGUACCUCCUUUUCUUCCUCCAAAACUACGGGAUCAGAAAGGAAAAUAUACCCAUCUCAGAAUCUGUGAACCCACCUGACAUAAAUCAGAGAGAAAAGGCCGUGUAACUGCAUCUUGGCAGGAAGAAGCAGCAAGGAGCUAGACCCAUUUCAGGAUAUAUCUUGGCUCCCCUUCCCAAGUGGAAAUGGAAAAAUAAAACAAAAACCACCUUCCUCUCCCCUCCUUUUGUAAAUGAAAAGCCCCCAACCCAGUGAACCCUCCUAGUCACGGCAAAUGUACCUGUGUAGUACUUGGUGCGCCAUUACUCCGAUCAUGCAUUCAUUCUGCGUUUCAGCUCCCUCUCUGCGUCAGGCACCAGUCUAGACCCUGACUGUGCCCUGUGCUCUUAGGUUUUAAAAAUAUCAUCAUCCAAGACUUUCCUAGUCUCUUAAAACUCUACCAUGGUAGACGACUCAUGUUUGGCGCCCCUCCCCUUACCUGAGGCUGUAGUAGGACCCAGGAGAUGUACACUUGAAGCAAGUCUGAGCUGUAGCACAGACUCAACCCCUAUCAUAGGCUAGCUAAGCCUCAAAGCUGGUAUUACUCUUUUUUGGGCAGAGUGACAGGGAGGGAGGCACCGAAGGACGAGUGCUUGUGGGUUUGUGAGGCACCAAACACAAUCAGCAAACUCGUACAGCCAUGGAACUCGUCACCACGUUGUCACCUUCAUGUGGCUUCUUCUUGACUUUCCACAGCCAAGCUUUUUCUGAACUUUAGAAAUGUUGUUCCUGACCACGCAAGCUCUCAACAACCUAAUGCCUGUACGCGGUGUUUUUCAGUGAACUCCCUGUUCACGUCAAUAAAGUGUCUCUGAACCCUG